CGAUACUUGAAUUCGUAACGUCACAGAGUCACAUCAUCAUACGCGUUCAAAUAAUACUUUGAUUUAACUUUGUUUCACAAACUUUCCUCUUCAUUCGAUGACGAUACAGGAUCUACCUUCUGUUUUAGAUUCACCGACCUCUGUAUCAUCCAUAUCUUCAUCUUCUACCACAACAAUUUCUUCUCGUAAAAGACAAAGAAGCACGUCCGCAAAUUCUGCUACAGAAGAAUCCUUAAAGCGCGGCAGUCCCCGACCUCAAAUUGAUCCUCUCUCGAUAGGUGAAGCGAAGAACAUGGUCGAAGAUUCCGAAAUGGACUCUUACAUGCAGGAGCAGGGUCACAUUGGGCCCAGUUCUGCUGACAAACUCACGCGCAUCGCCGAGCUUCAGCGUACGCCUCUCGCGCUGAAUCAAACUUGGUUUCUCGUCGAUCGGGCCUGGUGCUGUCGGUGGCGAGCGGCUUUGGGCGAAAUAGACCCCAAGUCCAAUGAAGCCACAAUAUCAGAAAGCCAAUUAGGAUCUCCCUCCACCAGCGCGUUGAUAGACGAAUUCGGGAACCUCAAGCCUGGCCUGGUGGAGGAUGUGGACUUUGAGCUUUUUCCAAAUGAAGCUUGGAGCUUGCUGGUUAGCUGGUACGGCGAACCUCCUACAUCUCUACGUAGGAAUACUAUUGCCCGCGGAUACAAUCAAAGUACCAUUGCCGUGGAGCUUCAUCCCCCGAAAUUCUACAUCUUCCGCCUUACCAAAGAAGACGAAAUCGAUGAAGCAUACAUCUCCUCCCCAUCCGAAACAUCCUUACCGGCCACCAUAACACUGUCUGCGCACGCAACGCUCAAGGACCUGCAUCGUGAAUCUGUAUCAAUCCUUCAUACCGGAAUAGCCAGCAAUCUCCCCCAAUCCCGCCUCUGGCGAUUAAACGAGUCGAGUGCUUCUCAUCUUUCGCGGCAACUUCCUAUGUCCAAAUUUUCCGCCAUUGAAUUGCUUGACACCACAAUAAAUGGAUCCAAGACUUUGGAAGAGGCUUUGUUCCAAAGCCAGGACUCAUUUGCGCUGGAAUUUCAGGAUAUAACGACUCGCGAGUGGUUAGUAAAGUCUGAAAUUGAAGAAACCACUCCUGAACCUUUGUUCAAAUCCAAUGACGCCUUUUUCAAUCGUAUGUCUGGAGCUUCCUCAUCAUCUUUAUUUUCGAAUAGCCAAUCGAAUGGAGAUGCCAGAGCAGAGGUUAACGAGAAAUUAUCGGUCGUUUCAAAGGAGAAGCCGAAAGAGAAGUGGAUUGAACCCGGAACGCUGGGGUUGGGCAACAUGGGAAAUACAUGUUUCAUGAAUUCAGCCAUUCAAUGCCUCGGACAUCAGAAGGAGCUAACAGAGUAUUUUCUUACAGGGGUUUACAGUCGUGAGCUGAACCCAGACAAUCCUCUUGGCAUGGGAGGUGCCAUCGCCGAAGGAUUUGGUGCUCUUUUGACUCGUAUGUGGGCAGGAUCGGAGCUUGCACACACCUAUGGGGCGUUGGAUAAGCUCAGGGAAGGAUCAGGCGGAAUGGGUGCGAAAAACAAAGUGUCCAAAUUUUUCAAAAAUACGUCCAACUUCAGCAACAAUUUCGGUGGUUCUGGUGACGGGGCUACUUUGAACCCAUCCGCGACGUCCUAUUCCCCUCGAGACUUCAAAUCCCAAUUAUCUCGGUUCGCUCCACAAUUUUCUGGGUACCAGCAGCAUGAUUCUCAGGAACUGGUUGCGUUCCUACUCGAUGGAUUGCACGAAGAUCUGAACCGAGUUUUGAAGAAGCCUUACGUGGAAAAGCCGGACUGGUUUGGUGCCCGUCCUCCUGUGUUGCAUCCCUUCAGGGAACGGCGUACGGCAGAAAUCGACGGCGAAGAAGAAGACAAGGAUGAAUACAUGCGCGCAAAGGAAGAGUAUGAAGCUAAGGAACGCGAAAUUUACGUUCAGGAGCAUGGGUGGAAUAAAGACUUGGAAGACAAUAAAGAGAUGUUGAGAUUUGCGAGGGAAAGUUGGGAAGGUUAUAAAAAGCGAAACGAUAGUGUUAUCGUGGAUCUGUUUCAAGGGCAAUAUCGCAGUACUCUCGUCUGUCCCGAGUGCCAGAAAAUCUCUAUAACGUUUGACCCAUUUAUGUACCUCACUUUGCCUUUACCAGUGCAAAAGAAGUGGCGAAGCACUGUUUAUUAUGUCCCAUGGGACAUGAAGAAGCCUCAUCUCAAGGUUCCAAUCGAAAUCGGACGUGACGCAUCAUUCAAGGACUUGAGAGCCCUCCUCGGGCGAUGGAUGAAUGCACCGCCCGAAAACCUCCUGACUCUCGAAUACUUCAGUCAUCACUUUUACAAGAAUCUCGACGAUACGAUACUUUGUGGAGAAAUCGGUGAUAAUGACACCAUCAUCUGUUUCGAACUCCCAUGCAAUUCCCAGCAGUCGAGGACAUGGAAGCGUAGUGAUCAUCCGAAUGCUCCUUGGGUAUUACCGCUCCUACUAUGUGAUGCACCUCCAACCUCCUUUAGCACUAAUGCUUUCUCAAAAACAUACGGCAAUCAUCGCUUGGGCAAUAACUUAUUCGGAUAUCCCACCAUCGUGGUAGUCACUGCAGAACAGGCUAAAUCCGUUGAAGGUAUUUAUGGUGCAGCCGUCGAAAGAUUAGCUCGAUGGACUAGGCAGGAGCGCGAUCUUUGGACCUGGGAGUUGCCGGAUGGCUUCCCAAUUUCUGUCAUCGACGAGAAAGUGGAAACUGUCACACUCAACGUUAUGGAUGAAGAUGGCUUAGAGACUGUCACAGAGAUUAGUGAAGAUGGCGCCGUGGUCAACGUGACACAACCCGUCCCGGCUCGUCAGCAGCCCACGCCUCUGCUGACUCCGGAGGAGGGUGACAUAGUUGAUGAAAAAAGUAUGGUUCUCGACAUCGGAGAAGACACUCUAGAGUCUGGGUUAAAGAGUGCUGUGCCAAUUCGGCUUGGUCCCAAAAAGGAUAUUUUCACAUUGCGAUUGAGCACGGGACAAAAAGACUACGGAACAAGCGGUUAUACGUCCACCCCAGUCUCUUGGGAGUCGAGGAUCGAAGAAGCAGAAAAGACGGCGCUCACGAAUCCGGAAUCAGCAGUAGGAGGACUUUUGAAAGAACAUGACGUCCUGUACUGCGAGUUCGACGAAAAUAUGAAAUCUUACUAUUUCGGAGAAGAGCGUUCCUUCCCCAAGUAUGAACACGCUCUUUGGGAAAUCUGGGAUGAGUAUCUUCAUCCAGAGUAUCAAGAUUCCGUGAAAUCCGCAGCUUCGAAAUCCUCUAGGGGAAUCUCACUCUCUGACUGUUUGGACGAGUUCACAAAGGAAGAACAGCUUGGCGCCGAUGAUCUCUGGUAUUGUCCACAGUGCAAGAAACAUCAGCAGGCCACCAAGAAGUUCGACUUGUGGAGCACGCCAGAUGUUCUUGUGGUACAUCUGAAGAGAUUCAGCAAUUCGAGGAUGUUACGCGACAAGAUUGAUGCAUUUGUCGAUUUCCCAAUUCUAGGACUCGACAUGAAUGAACGAGUCAACGAGAGACGUGUCAUUUCUAGCUUGGAGAGAAUGGGCGUCGAUACCGACUCUGUCGAGUUGCUGGGUCGAGGAUCUGAGGGUGGAAGCGGUCCAACGUCAGAACCCUUAAUCUAUGAUCUAUUUGCUGUCGAUGAACAUCUCGGUGGCCUUGGAGGGGGCCAUUAUCGAGCGUAUGCGUUCAACCACAUGAAUAACAAAUGGUAUCACUUUGAUGAUUCAUUCGUUUCGGAAUCAACUGCAGAUAACGCAGUGAAUGCAAAUGCUUAUCUUCUGUUUUACCGUCGUCGCUCCUCGUCACCCUUGGGUGGACAAAGCCACGCACUUGUCGAGCAGGUUUUACGAUCACCCACACAAAUUGUCUCCUCUACGUCCGACGACGAGACAAAUGAUGCUCCCUCCGACGUCAUUGGCGUUUCUCCAAUGCACACUGAUAUACAACUUCCCACCCCUCCUAGUGAGGUCGACACCCUCCCUUCCUAUUUGAAUGAUUCUCCGACGUCGUCUCUUGGAGCCGGCUUUACGAUGACAAACUGGCAAAGUAGUCAGUCCAGUCAUUUUCGCUCAGGUGUACCCACCGACGAUGAAGGAGAAUAUGAACAGAGUCCUUUCCUGGGAAUUUUUAAUGAUGUCGGCAUCUCUUCCGUACUACCACCAUCGUCUUUGGCUGAUUCAUCCCCGUCGUCCUCUGUCGGGGUAGAGCCUGAUUUUGAUACUGAUUUGCGCAGCGAUGAUCUUAACGAUCUUGACGGGGAAGGAGAGGAUGAUGAUGACGAGGGCCCUUGGUCCAGCGAAGCACGGGCUAGGAGUAUGACUUUGGAAACUGAGGGUGAGGUAAGAGAGACUUCGCCGGCAUGGUCAGUUUCCGCGCAUAGUGCGAGUCAAAGAAGUAGUGAGGUUGCUUCACCGGACGACUGAGCUAACAUAAAUCCUUCCAUCGAUAAUAAUAUGUAGACAGUACUAUCCAGCUUUCCUUUGCCUUUUUCUUGUGUUAUUUUGACUGUCGCGCAUAUGUAACGUAUCGACUACACACAGCAUACUUAUUUCAUACUCUGUUCAAUGCGAUGUAUCUGGCAUGAAACGC